AUGGUUGGUCCUCAGCACAGUCCAGUCAAACAAGGCGCGGAUAUAUCCACAGGCAUAUUUGCCCGUCUUCUCAGGCGCUUUGGGAGAGUUGAUGUUGAUAGAGAAGAGUCUAGAGUGAAGCAAACGAAACCUAAAGCGGCCUGCAGACAGACGUCAUCCCCUGAAAAUGUCCUAAACAAGGUGCAGGCCAACGAGGAAGAGGAGAGGCUGAAUAGAGAACUGGAGCUAACUACCAAGGAGAGAAAUGAGCUGACAGAUCGCCUCCUUUAUGUGACAGGUGGAUCCAUGAGCAAGAGCCCCUACUUCAGGCCAAAUCCAUUUUAUGAAAACUUGAAGAUAAAGGAGAAAGAGGUCAUGUCAUUACUGCACAACUUAGACACAAAGAACAUUGAACAUCGUGAGAAAUUUCAGGAGCUCAAGAAGGAGAUUAACUUCUAUCGCAACCUGCACAGCCGGCUCCUGAUGGACCAGGCAUGUAUGAAGAAGAAGUUGGUCACAUUGAAGCAGGAGAGCAAGGAGUUAGAGCGAUAUUUGUUUGAGUUGAACCCGAAUGCUGAAGACGAACAGGAGAAGACCAGCAACCUCCAGACCCAGCAAAAUUUGGUAGGAACAAGCAGCUGAGUCAGAUUAACAAUGUCUGAUACCAUUUGCCUAUUGGAUACAUCUUUGCUUCCCCUAUCAUCUUUCUAAUCUCCCCACACCCAAUCAGUCACCCACCUCAUGUGAUAGAGUUAUUCAUUGCUCUGUCUAUGCACAAGUAUUCUGGGAUGUUAACCACUUUUCAGAAACUGAAUUAUGGGCAAGUACACUUCUCUGCCCUUUUUGAAACUGCAGUCCAGAAAUGGUGACAGAGGAAUAACAUAUCACAUGACUGCA